GUGACAACUAGCGCUCGUAGUAUCUACGAGGGGUGACUUACUUUUCGCGCCAAAAUGUGCAACGUGAUUCUUGCAAGCUCUCUGUGACAGAUUUGAACAAUAAAUAAUUAGGCUGCAUAUAAAAGGCAAGAAGUGUUUGGAUGGCAUGAGUAGAUGACAUAGCUAUUAUGAAAUAUGCGUGGCAUAUAAUAGAAGGAUUUGAGCAAAAUACCGGAUUUUGCUUAAUGUUGCAGUACUGAAGUUCUUAUAUUAAGAAAAUUGAGCUUUUAUAGCACUUUUCAUCAUAGAGUGAAGUUUUUGAACUCUAAAAUGGAAACCAAACUAGAGAACGUUCAAAGAAUUUUCAGCGAACUUUGCGAUAAGUCGUACGACGAUACUUUCAGUGUUAAUGAAAUGUUGAUUGAUAUAACUACUUCUAAUAUAGAAGUGAUUCUGAAGUUUAAACGCUAUAUUAUUCCAAGAAUUCAGACAAUGGUAACUGCAUUCAAUGCUGCUAAACUAGAUUUGGAUGCUACGAAGCAGAAAUUGGAAAAUAAAGAAGAGGAGCUGAGAAAUGUAAAAGAAUGUGCAAAAUGUUCAACACUUCAAAAAGAACUUGCUGUAAUGAAGAAAAAACAAGUUGUAAACGAAUCAAGAAUCAAAUCUAUUGCUAAAAUUCUCUCCCGUGGUGAUCCUGAAACACAAGACUGUCUGCCGUCGGAUGCUGACAGCGAUACAGAUAGUGACCAAAGUACUGUGACAAAAGCUUACAACUUGGUUUCUCAAAUGCUUGGAUGUGAUCCUUUACCAAGUGCUCCUCGUGAAGAAUCUAGGAAAGUCAAAACUACUCGAAAACUAUUUAAGAAAAAAAGUCCAUUUAGAAAACCUCUAUCAUUUCGUUCUCAUCUAAGAAAAAAUUCAAAAGCAAACCCAAUAAUAGAUCGGCUUAGUCCAGUUCCAAAGGAUUCUGAUGAACAAGACGACACAGAGGAUGAUGUACUUGUAUGUUCAUUGGAGGAAAUUGAUAAAGAAAAUGAUUUUGAAACUUAUUGUUCGCCAAAGAAAGAAAAUGAUAUAAAAUCUGCUAGUAGUCCUGUGUUGGGUAAAAUGAAGAAAACUCCAGUUAGAAGUGUUUCAGCGUUAACUCCUGAGAGAGAUAAUCAUGAAAUGCAACAUAAUUUUGUGGAAUUGGAAAAACAUGCUUUGGAGAAUUCAUUUUGUAUUCCACCUUCUCCUGGAAGAGUUAGCUCAAGAAACAAUGCUGUGUCCCGACCCGUCAUUGAACCUAAUAAAGAUAAAGAUCUUUUGACAGAUGGUUUGCAACAAACAGUUCAGUCAAGUGAUGAUAAACCAAAGAAAAAAGCAGAUUUCUGGCAAUUGAAGUCCACCCAUUUUGUUGAUUGUAAUAGUAUAUCUGCAAAGAAAGAUGGAACCAAAUUGAGGCAGUCGAAAUUAUCUGUUGGAUGUUUUCCGAAAAAGAUUGAUCUGUGUGAUAUGGAGGAGUUUAAUGGAGGUAUUCGCAGAAGUCAAACAUCAACACAAAUAUCUGACAUCAAAAAUGAACAAUGUGGUUCACCAGUUUCUCAAACUAAUGCAGCAGUGAAACAUUUGAAAGCUAAUGAUGAUGAUGUUGUUGAGGACAGCCCAGAUACCAACAUUUCCUGCAGUAGACGUAAAGGAGGAAGGCUUUUUAAUUCAGGAAGGAAAUUAUCUUUUGAUGUAGCUGCCACUAGUGUACCAAGAUCUAAUGCAAUGCCACAGAAACCUUGUACUUCUGGUAUACGGAAUGCUUCUUCUUCAUUAAAUGAAAUACGAGAAGCGAAAGAUGUUAAUGAUAGCUUUGACUGUUUGAAGAAAGGAGAGGAAAGUCCAAAAUAUAAAUAUCGGGGUGCAACUGUGAGGAAGAAAAGUGAAAGACAACAGCUAUCUGGUUGGGAUUGUGAGAAUUGUCGAAAAACCAUGGUUCAUAAGCAAAAUAACUUAUUCCAGUAUUUUGAAGCUGCUGGAGGUGGUGAUAUAACUGAGGAGGAACGUAAAAAAAUAAUGGAUCGAUGUUCAAGACAUAGAGACAAGCAUCCUGCCCGACCAAGAACUCCUCCAGGUUUCUGGGAUGCCGAGUUUCCUCCUACACCAGUAUGUGAUGAACUGGAAAGAACAUACAUGGAUGUUCUACCCGUUGCAAAGAGAUCAAAAACAAAGCAUUAGGCAAAAAUGUUUUUAUGUAAUAUUGUCACAUAUUUGUAAAUAUUGUUUUUUCCUGAAAGUAUAAUAUUUUAUAAAGAAUUGGUGCAUUUGUUAAUAUGUGAAUGUUGUAGAUGUUAUUUGCAUUGGAAGUACAUUUAGUUCAAUUUUUUAUUCUUUAUUGUUAUAAUCAUUAUUCAAAAUGUUGAAAUAUUGCAACAGGUUAAACUUAAGAACGGAUGUCACUGAACAAAUAGAGCAAACUCUGCAGAAAAAAAUAGGCUGUUUCUAAAGUACAAGCAUGUUUUGCAUCAUUCUGUGUUCUGAUAUUUGCAGCCACUGAAAGUGGGUUCUGCACCCCACUUGAUGAAAAAUUAUGCAAAGAAAACAAUUCAGUUACCUAUGCUUUUCCUUGAGAAAACAAGUUGGAAAAGAGAAAAGGGUUUAGCGGGCAAAAGGAAUGUAUAAGGCGCUAAAGAAAUACCUGGUGCAGUGGUGUAGGGUUAAACAAUUUGCCUGUUUACAAUCAUAAUGGGGCCACUCAAAAAUUGUUUUCUUUUCAGGAGGGAGGGGUUCCAACAAUCAUGACAAGUAAAGUAAUGUAAAGCAAAUGAGAAUUGAAAAAU